AUGAAUUUGUUGCUCCUGUACCCAAUCUUACACCUGCCAGGAGGCCGAGAGAGAAGUGCAUCUGCCUGUGUUUCAAAGCGCUGGCUUACGGUCUUGAGUGGGGUCCGCAGUGCUGAGUUUUACCGGAGCAAGGCCCCACGGGGACAAUCAGAUGAUAUGAACGUGGAUCCAGCCUCAAAUAACAUAGAAUCAAUCUCUGCAGAUGAGGAUCUUGAAGUGGAGUGUGAUGGAUAUCUAACGAGGUGUGUGGAAGGGAAGAAAGCAACUGAUCUUAGACUUGCUGCUAUUGCAGUUUGUACUUCCAGCCGUGGUGGAAUUGGAAAACUUUCGAUUAGAGGAAGUAAUUCUAUUCGGGGUGUUACUGACCUUGGUUUGUCAGCAAUUGCCCGUGGUUGCCCUUCCCUCAGGUAUCUUUCAUUGUGGAACAUCCCUUCAAUUGGUGAUGAAGGUCUAUUUGAGAUUGCAAGGGAAUGCCAUUCAUUAGAGAAGCUUGAUCUUUGCCAAUGUCCUUCAAUUUCGAACAAGAGUAUGGUUGCAAUAGCAAAAAGCUGUCCAAAUUUGACUGCGUUAACGAUUGAAUCUUGUCCAAACAUCAGCAAUGAGAGUCUACAAGCGGUCGGGAAAUAUUGCACCAAGCUACAAUCCAUUACAAUCAAAGACUGCCCAUUUGUUGGGGAUCAGGGCGUUGCGAGUCUCUUGUCAUCAGCUUCUUCUUUGACAAAGGUGAAACUUCAAGCUCUUAACAUCACAGAUUACUCUCUUGCUGUAAUAGGGCACUAUGGGAAGUCCAUUACAAGUCUUUUCUUGAGCGGACUUCAAAAUGUGAGCCAAAAGGGCUUUUGGGUGAUGGGUAAUGCACGAGGUCUCCAAACACUGGCAUCUUUGGCACUCACUUCAUGUCGGGGGGUAACAGAUUUGAGUCUCGAAGCACUUGGAAAGGGCCAUCCAAACUUAAAGCAAAUGUGUCUUCGGAAGUGUUGCUUUGUGUCUGACAAUGGGCUCGUUGCUUUUGCCAAAGCGGUUGGCUCUCUCGAGAGCUUGCAGUUAGAGGAGUGCAACCGGAUUACCCAAACCGGGAUUCUAAAUGCUAUUUCAAACUGUAAAUCUAAGUUAAAGUCUCUUACCCUGGUGAAGUGCAUGGGAAUUAAGGAUGUAUCUCCUGAAACUCUAAUGCUAUCUCCAUGUGAAUCUCUUCGAUCGUUGUCCAUCCGAAGUUGCCCAGGAUUUGGUAGUACUAGCUUGGCUAUGCUUGGGAAGCUGUGUCCAAAUUUACAUCACUUGGAUCUCAGUGGGCUAUGUGGGAUAACAGAUACUGGUCUUCUCCCUCUUCUGGAAAGCUGUGAGUCGGGACUUGCUAAGGUCAAUCUUAGUGAUUGUGUGAAUUUGUCGGAUGAAGUGGUAUUUUCUCUAGCCAGGUUGCAUGGUGCAACCCUUGAAUUGUUAAAUCUUGAUGGGUGCCAGAAGAUUACCGAUGCAAGUUUGGGGGUGCUUGCAAACACCUGUCCGUUGCUCAAUGAUCUUGAUCUUUCGAAGUGUUCAAUCACUGAUUCUGGUGUUGCUGCUUUAUCGAGUGGAGUGCAACCAAAUUUGCAGAUUCUUUCCCUAUCAGGCUGCUCAAUGAUAUCCAACAAGAGCAUUUCCGCUCUUAAGAAACUCGGAAGGACACUAGUGGGGCUGAAUCUCCAGCAUUGCAUUUCCAUUGGGAACCGUACAAUUGAGCUACUAACGGAGAACUUAUGGAGAUGUGACAUUCUCUCAUAAGCACUUACAGUACGUUUCUCAGUUGAGUUUUGUCAUCAACUAUGGGAAUUUAGGUAACUCAGUAGACUCGGUUGUUUUCCAUGGAUACCGUGGCAGAUUGUUUUUAUCAACCCGUUUUUUCGGCUUCUUCAUCUUCGAAAAGCCUGUUGUUACUUUGGAGUCUCUCAUAUGGGAGACUUUACCUUUUUUUACUGCCUAUGGUUUCAUGUGAAUACUGUUACUGCGUCUUGCUGAUGAGUUUCCUCCUAUGGUGCGGUGCAUACUCCACUUCGGUCACAGUAAAGUCCCCGGCUGUCCACCUUCAACUAGCGUCCGCCCAUCAAUCUGUUUUGCUGCAUAGUACAUCGUAUCUUGAAUAAAGCUUUCUCUAGUCUCUCUCUCUCGAGUCUGCUAGGGAAUGCAUCGUGUCUUUAGAAAGUUAUCUUUGUAUUCAUCUCUGUCCUCUGUAAAAUAGGUUAUUUUGGGUCGUAGUCAGUAGAUGCUUUUGGGUAAUUCAGGAGUUUGGGUUUCUGAGACAUGGAUUUGGCCAUGGCAGCCUCUUUAAGGUUGUUUUUUUACUGCCUAGUCCUGGUUUUUGAUCGGAUCCUAUGAUCCUGUUUUCUGGGUUCCCUGCUCUUAUGGGUUGUACUUUUGCAACUACUGCAAAUAAUGUAACAAUCGAACUUGGCUUUGUUUAUGCAGCAAUUAUAUGUAUAUUUUGUUUUUCCUCUUUUAA